UAAAAUGGAGGGAGGAGAAAAGGAACUGGAGGCUGGUGCAGGAGAGAUAAGGAGAAAAAGAGAUAGGGGAGAUAAUGGGGACAGGGUGAAACGGACAGAGCUGGCGAAGAUACCACGAACUGAAAAAAGCAGUGUAAGGCCCUCUAUGGAUCUCCCGGUUGACCGACAGUUUGUUUCUCAUCUGGUUCAGUUUAAUCCGUCUCCAUUGCAGGGUAGACAUUACGACUUAGACACCACAGAGCCUGUCAGCUUCAGCCUGAAGUCUCUGGAAGAGCUGUUGUCAUGGAAACCCAGCGAUGCAGAUGCUUUUAACAUUGCCACAACUCCACUAGCCAGUCGGCAGCCUCCUCUACAGAGCAGCCGGCCGAAGACGUUGGUCUGCCACGACAUGAUGGGCGGCUAUCAGGAGGACAGGUUUAUCCAGGGUGCAGAGGCUGAGACGGCCUAUUCUUUUUAUCACUGGCAGUACAUCGACAUCUUCAAUUACUUCAGCCACAAUUUGGUGACUGUCCCUCCAGUCUGCUGGACCAACGCAGCGCACCGGCACGGGGUCUCUGUCCUUGGCACUUUCAUCACAGAGUGGAGCGAUGGAGCUAACAUUUGUGAGUCAUUCUUGGCAGAAAAGUCAUCGUUUCACGCCGUAGCAGAUAAACUGGUUCAGAUUGCCCAGUAUUACGGCUUCGACGGGUGGCUGAUAAACAUUGAGAACAAGCUAAGCGAGAGCGCUGUGAAGAACAUGCCCUCUUUCUUGCGCUACCUGACGGAUCGGAUGCACCGAAGUGUCCCAGAAAGCCUGAUCAUCUGGUAUGAUAGUGUGCUGGAAACUGGCGAGCUAAAGUGGCAGAACGAACUGAACGAAAAGAACAGUGUAUUUUUUGACUCCUGCGACGGAAUCUUCACUAACUACAACUGGAUGGAGGACCAUCUUGAGCGAAUGGUAUCCCAGGCUCCCAAGCGGCUGGCGGAGGUCUAUGUGGGGGUUGACGUGUUUGCACGAGGGGCCGUCAUUGGAGGGAAGUUUGACACCAACAAGGCUCUGCAGCUCAUCCGCAAGCACAGUUUCUCAGCAGCCAUCUUUGCCCCGGGCUGGGUCUACGAGUGUAAUGAGAAGAAGGACUUUCGGCAACACCAGGGCAAAUUCUGGAGCCUGCUGUUUGAAUACCUGCCAACUCACAGUGUGUGCGUGCUCCCCUUCGUCACUUCCUUCUGCCAGGGCUUUGGAAAGCACAUGUACUCCAAGGGAAAGGUAGAGGAAGUGAAGAAUUGGUUCAACCUGAGUGCGCAGGAACUCCAACCGCUGUUUGUAGACAUGAGGUCAGAAGCUGUGGAGAACGGCUGGGUGUGGACCCGAGGUUGCCCGGAGGAUGCCUGGAAUGGCGGCAGCUCCUUAUUGGUGGAAGGGGUGAUUCCAGCCUCCCUUUCCAAUGUUUCUGUGAGGUUGUUCUCUGUUCGUGUUCCUGCACCUCCCAAAAUCUUCAUCUCGUUUAUUUAUAAAUUGGAAGGAGUGUCUGAUGUGAAAGUAGCCCUGGAACUUAAGACCCAUCACGCCCCCUUCUGUUCAUUUGUGGACAUUGCAGAUAUACCAGCCUCCAGUCUGCGGCCUGAGACCCUGCCAGAGCAGGACAGUAUGGUGCAGCAGUUCACCCAGCGCUGUGGAACCUGGACCCUGCAGGGCUGGCAGUCCCGGUGUUUUCUGCUGGAUCUGAAAGGCUGCCUGCUGGAGGAUAUCUUUGUAAACAUCUCCCAGGUGCAGCCAGAGGAGCAGGAAGUUCAUUUCCUCCUCAGGAUCGGGGAAAUGAAGGUGCUUGAUGCCGAGAGCCUCUUCACUACCCAGCCGCAGGUACAGAACCCCAGCAUGAGUGAUGUGGUGUGGAGGAGAGGGAUGGGGGUCACAGACACCCUGCAGCUGUAUCUCAGUGCCACCCUGCGCUGGUCCUACCCUGCCAACCAUGCCAGCCACUUCCGGGUGCACUGGCGCAAGCUGAGGUGCCCUGAGCCGAGGGCCCUGUCGGAGCAGGAGCGGGCCGUCUUCAUUGGCAGGGCGUACGCUUCAGUCUACAGAGUGGUGGACCUUGCAGUGCCUGACGCUGUCGACGGGGACCCCUGCUGGAUGGAGUUUCUAGUGCAGCCGGUUUCUAAAGAGGGGUUCACUGGGCCUGAGUCAGAGUGGGGGAGAUUAACCCUGAGGUACGCUGAACACUUCCUAUCAGAGGCAGGCACAUCUGUUUAAUAAUGCACUGAACUUUCUAUUCGUUUCAUUCUCAUCUGUUCAAUUUGUUGUGUUCUUUCUUAUUGUCUAUGGUUGUUUAUGCUUAUAUUAUCAUUUACCAUGCUUAUGGACUGUUCCUAACUGGACUUUUCUGAAGUUGUGCAGGAUUCAGCGCACAGUGCGUCACCUGUGGGCUUCUCUGUCAAGCACCACGCUAAUAUAAUUCUUCAGAAUCAAACUUGAGGAGUCUUUUCAGAAGAAAUUGUUGCUGGAUAGUCAGUGACCAUGGGAAAUGUUUGGUAUGGGAAAAAUUGUACUGAACACGCAUGACAGAAUAUUAAACAAGAGAUUUAAUUUUAAGAAAAAAUAGGUGCAUAAAUAUAUUCAUUGUUUCUGUGAGACUUGAUUGUCUUUUCGGUUGAAGUGAAGUAUAUAAUGCGCUUUUCUUUUAAUCCAGAUUUUUAAUAAACACGCUUAUAGCAGCUGUGCCUUUUUUCUCUCUUUGUGGUUUCUGUGCAUAUUUUUUCCUCAAACAGUCAGAAUAGUCCUUCUACACAAUAGCAGGUGGCUU